CCCCCAAUAAUUGCAGUUCCAAAUAAGCUCGUCUUCCGCCGCUACAAAUUUUGUCUGAGAACUGAGACCGGACAGCAGAAGAGCAAGCCAACAAUGGCGGCAAACUCCGAGAAUCGGAGCUCGGAAACCUUUCGUCUUUUCUCUUCUUUUGGCGGAAAUUUCAAUUUUGGCUUCGGCUUUUAUGACUCUCCGGCGGUGCCGCCUCCGCCUCCUUGCGUCGAAGUUCUUCCCACCGAGGCAUCGUCUUCUGUGAAAUACACUGUGGAGCCUGUGAACUUGGACGGACUUACUUUGCUCAAGGGCCGAGUUAGUACUAAAGAGGUUUUUGCUUUGUCCAACUCUGAUUUAGUCCCUGGCAAAUAUGAAGGGGGACUAAAGUUAUGGGAAGGUUCGCUAGAUCUGGUUAAAGCUCUUCGCUCUGAGGUUGGAAAUGGGCAUUUAUCAUUUACAAGGAAGCGAGUAUUAGAGCUUGGUUGCGGUCAUGGACUUCCUGCAAUCUUUGCAUGCCGUGAGGGUGCUGCUGCUGUUCAUUUCCAAGACUUUAAUGCUGAGGUCCUUAAAUGCCUUACUAUACCCAAUGUAAAUGCAAAUAUCGAGAAAGUAUCUCAGCUUUUGAAAGCAAAUGCGACAGAUUGUGAGUCAGGGACAGAAGUUCGUUUCUUUGCUGGUGACUGGAGUGAAAUCGAUAAACUUCUUUCUUAUGCACGUGACACUAACAAGGAAACUGAUUGUAGUUCAGGGAAUGGUCUAGAUCAUGGGUAUGAUAUAGUUUUAAUGGCAGAGACAGUCUAUUCCACGACCGUUCUCCAAAGACUUUAUCAACUUAUAAAAAAGUGCGUGAGGUAUCCAAAUGGUGUAGUUUACAUGUCCGCAAAGAAGCAUUAUUUUGGUGUAGGGGGAGGAACACGGCAAUUCCUGUCUAUGGUGGAGAAAGAUGGUCUUAUGGCUUUUAGCAUGGUUGCUGAAGUUGCAGAUGGUUCAUCUAAUGUUCGAGAGGUAUGGAAGCUUUCAUUUAAGUAGGUGUCCAAACUCCAAUUGCUCACUGUAAUGUCCUUAGAUGCAAGCUCUCUUGAUCUUCUUCCCUGGGACAAAUUUGGCCAGAUAGCCUACUAUAUGAAAACCGAAUUUAAAUAGAAGAUACUGAAUGAGGAGAGGAAAAAAUGUCGACGAUGUUCCCUGAUCAGACAAGCUCAUGUUUUUUAACAUCUGUAUUCUUUUCUUUUUCUAUUUGUAUUUUGCAACACAUCAUGCUGCUAACUCUAAUUAUCUGGUAAUAUUAUAAUUGUAUUUUUGGUUCCCUUUGCUAUUAAGGUGGUAGUAUGGUUGA